GUGUAUACAAACCAUUCAUUUGAUGUUGGUCAGCUAAGUACUUUUUAGAAAUACCACGUCUUUGUUUUAAUCCUUACGAAAAAUCGAGAACAGAAUCUGCGACCAAAUUCUGUCUGCGCGUGUUCGUUACCAUGUCUGGUGAUCAGCCUACUCCCUCCACACCUCAGGUACUCUGGGCUCAGAGGAAGGACAUUUUAUACGUCACUAUCUCCCUAGGAGAUGUGAAAGACAAGGUGAUGGAUGUGAAGGACGGUUCGCUGCAUUUCAGGGGUAAAUCGGGUACUCCUAAGCCCACUGAUUAUGAAGUAAAUUUAGAGUUUUACAGUCAGGUGGAUCCUGAGAGUGUGAGGCAAGCCAACACGUGCAGAGAGAUAUUCCUCGUAAUUAAGAAGAAGGAAUCUGGUUUCUGGCCACGUUUGUUGUCUACUUCUGCGAAACAACCUUGGCUACGUGUUGAUUUCAAUCGCUGGAAAGAUGAGGAUGAAUCGGAGCCCGAAUUCGGCGGUAUGGACGGUGACUUUUCCCGUCUACUUUCUGGUAUGUCCGACAACGAUGUCCCCGACCCGGGCAUGGAUGAUUUCGACUCCGAUGACGAUGAUCUUCCAGACCUUGAUCCACCCCCUAAAACUCUCGAUGAAGAUGCUGAUGCCAAUGGGAAAGUGGAAGACGAAGAAGCUAAAGAACCCGUUGCCCAAGAAGCUUCGGCUUGAAACUUCAACUUUGGGAGUCGCAUAUCUCUCUCGUUCAGUUCCUUCCACGAGUUUGUAUAGGGAAGCGUUUUACAUGUCAAUCUGAUCAUCACCUGCAUACGAAUGCAAAACAACCAUUCUCAUCGAGUUGCUUCUUAUUUGUAUCUCGUGUUUUCAAUAACGAAUUCGUGUCGGAUCCUG